CAGUCGCCGUCGCAGAAGCGUGGGAUGACGCGGGAGCUGGAGUCAGACAUGCGCGCUUACGGGUGCCACCUGAUCGAGUCCUCUGGGAUAGUCCUACGGGUUCCUCAGGUUGUCAUGGCCAGCGCACAGAUCAUGUUUCAAAGAUUCUACUACUUGGCGUCAUUCACAGAGUUCUCGUUGCGCAGCACCGUACUCGGCGCGUUGUUUUUGGCCUGCAAAGUCGAGGAGAAUCCGCAGACUGUGCGCAAUAUCAUCAAUGUAGUCGAUAUUAUUAUCAAGCGCGACCGUGGGUACCCAGAGAUCGUGACUGAUGGAUACGACAGCGAGUACUACGAUCUGAAGAACGAGAUGAUUAUUGGCGAAAUGCAGGUGUUGCGCAUGCUCGGGUUCAACGUACAGGUCGAACUGCCAUACGGACUGCUGGUAAAUUAUAUGCAAAGCCUCAAUCUCAGUAGCCACCCUAGAGUCCCACAGCUAGCGUGGAACUACCUCAACGACCUUUUGAGAACGCCGAUAUACGUGUGCUUCCAGCCCGACACAAUUGCCUGCGGCGCGAUAUACAUGGCAGCAUAUGAAUGUAAUCUACAGCUUCCCAUGUCGCCGCCAUGGUGGAUUAUUUUCGAUGCCAACGGCGAGGAUGUGGUUCAGGUUGCAAAAACUAUAAAGGCGCUGUAC